AGGAGAAGAAGAAGAAACGGGACGGUCUUGUUUUUGUAGCCUGUCUCACGCAGCGGCUCUGCUGUAAAAAUGCGCAUCGAAAAGUGUUAUUUUUGCUCGGGACCAGUGUACCCAGGGCAUGGGCAGAUGUUUGUAAGGAACGACUGCAAGCAAUUCAGAUUCUGCAGAUCAAAAUGCCUCAAGAACUUCAAGAAGAAGCGUAACCCAAGAAAAACAAGAUGGACCAAAGCAUUCAGAAAGGCAACAGGAAAGGAGUUGACAGUGGAUAAUGCCCUGGAGUUUGAGAAACGUAGAAAUAUACCUGUUAAAUACAGCAGGGGUCUGUGGGACAAGACAGUGGAAGCAAUGAAGAGGGUGGAAGAAAUAAAACACAAACGACAGGCAAGAUUUAUCAUGAACAGAUUAAAGAAGGGCAAGCAGCUGGAGAAGGAAGAGGCCAUCACCGAAGUCAAGAAAAACAUUCACCUUAUCAAAGCACCACAUGCAGGAAAGGCCAAACAAAUGGAAGCCAAAAUGGUGCAGAAGUUACAAGAGGACGUGGACAUGGGGGAUGAAGAUAACUAAUCUCCUACCCAAGGACUUUUGUGUUGUGAUGACUCUUGUGAGCAGUUGACCUGUUUUGGAAACAAAAUUUCCAGUUGUUGAUGGACACAGUAAUACAUUCAGUUUUAAAUAUUUGUAUGUGGGCUGAAAGCAUCAAUCUGACGAAGAUCUGCCUCCAAAACAGCAGCAAUUAAUCACGUUCCUCCCAUUUAUUUUUUCCCUGUGUGGUGGUUGAGGCUGUAAAGCAUUUAUUCCAUCCUGUUGUAUAAUAAAAUAUAAAGUAAAGCAGAAAAUGUUCAAAAGUAAUCAACAAAAAUAAACAACUUUUCGGUAAUGUUCUCUUUUGAUUCUUAUUUUCUGUGACACUUACCACACUGUAACUAUAGUUUAAUUAAACCACAGUUGUUGCCAAAACAAAUGUAUGUUUUUUUCAGUAUGAAAAACAUGAAACACUUGACUGUUGUUUCUUGUGGAUUUUUGCUGAUGAGCCAUUCAUUUUCAGUGGUCAUUGUGUUGGUAUGAAAGUCAUUAUGGAGGAUGGCUGCAAUGCACACAAAUGGAGUACUGUAUAUCAUGUAAAAUGUAACAACAUAAAUGAAUGAACCUAUA